UAUUAAACCUUGGGGGAGGGAUCCUUGAGCGCUGUCGCACAUUUACGGUAGACUACAGGCUGUACUUUCAGACUUGCGCUGUUUGAGUUGAGCAGGGAGCGGAGAGUCUGCACGAGGAUACUCAAAAAUAGCUUUGAAAGGCGAUUAGGUAUGACGGAUACUAAUGGAGGGGCUCCGCGGGACUCUACGUAAAGAUGAGGAUUCCUCCGGUGUGGGCGCUGGGCGCUUGCCAGACUGGGUGAAGUGAGAACUGAGAGGGAAAACCGCUGAGAAAAGCCACCGCCUGGGACUGCUGAGGAGGACCUCUGUGCAGAGUGAUCACAGAAGAGAGCACUGCAUCGGAGGUAAAUGAGAAGUAACAGCGAAAGAGUUGGAGGUGAUAUUUCUACUUAAACAAAUUGUAUUAAAGUUCACGCGGCUGUCGGCAGGGUGGAGCUUCCUGACCCAUGGAGAAUUACUUCCAGGCCGAGGCCUUCAACCUGGACAAGGUGCUGGACGAGUUUGAGCAGAACGAAGAUGAGACCGACAGUCCCAUUCUCUCGGAUGCCAAGUGGACCCAGAUCCUGGCCCCGCCAGCCCACCUGCUCUCUCUGAACCCCGCCCUGGCCCACUCAGACCUCAGCCCACGGGAGAGUCCGCUUCCCUUCAAGACCCUCCCCGACUCCUCCUCCAGCGUCUCCCCGGGGGCCGACCCUAAGAGACGUACCAGUCCCGAACCUCCAUCCUGGGUAGAGGAGAGGCCGGCAGACGUUCACAGCCCACCCCUUCCCCAGCCCAACAUCGGCAAACUGGUGGGCACAGACGACCUCUCGCCGCCCCCUGUGACGGCCUGUAGUACAGUGGAGAACGGCUGCCCUGCAAGCCCACAAGUAGAUGGGCUCAGCAAGGCGAUAAGUGCUCCUCCAGACAACCGGCCUGAUGCUUCUGACCAGGAGGCGAGAGCUGCCUCAGCAGCAGCAGCAGCAACAGCAGCAACAGCAGCAGGAGGAGGAGGAGGAGGAGGAGGAGACUCCACUGUCAGUCACACUCACUUUACCUUUGAGGUUGGAUUAGGACAGGAAGAAACUCUGUCCCCAGAAAUUCAUCCGAAUGUGGAACCAACAACACAAAAUGGGGAAGAUGUCAAAGAUAAGGCUGUUACAGCUGUUUUACAGGGCAAUGGUCAAGAAAAACAAACUGCAAACUCAAAGGAAGAGAAGAUAGAAAGUGUUCUGAGUAGAGGGAGAGACGUUCAGGCUGGUUAUGAGGUGGAGGAGAAUGGUGAAUCUACCCCUGACAGGGUUGAAGUGGAGGAGGAGAAGAGAUAUGGUCCAGAGGGACAGAUAGACCAACUCCUCAGAAUAACCAGCCUUCCCAAUGGUUUGGAGCAAAACAGCAGUAGCCAUCCCAAGCUUAAGGAGGCAGAUGAGAGGGGGGAGCAGGAGGAGGAGGGUUUUUCUCCCUCUCCUGUCCCCUCCAAAGAGGACUCUGUCACUGAGGAGAAAGAAAUGGAGGAGAGCAAGCAAGAGGGCAGUGAAGGAGGAGCAGUGGGGUCAGGUAGCAUCCAACCAAAACUCAAUAACAAUCGGCUGCAGCCGGUCAGUGUUCCCUACGGAGGGGCACGACCAAAGCAGCCAGUCAGCCUCAAGCUCCAGAUCCCACAGCAGCUGUCGGGCCAGGUCCUAAAUCAGCUCGGCCCAUCUGCCGUCGGCAAGAACAAAAACCAUGAGAACCAGUGUCGGAGAGGCACAUCCUCUGAAACUGCGCUCAGUGGCACUGAUCAGAGUGCAGUCGGGGUGAACGGAGAUGGUGUUGUCCACUCUCCUCUGCUGAUGCCUUCAGAGAGCCCAGACAAUGACCUCCAGGCAGGUCAACAGGGCACUCUGUGCAGGAAACCUGCAAGCUCCCUGGGAGAAGUUGCCCCUGUGUGGGUUCCCGACUCUCAGGCUCCAGUCUGUAUGAAAUGUGAUGUCAAGUUCACCUUCACCAAGAGGAGGCACCACUGCAGGGCCUGUGGCAAGGUGUUCUGUGCGACGUGCUGCGGCCUAAAGUGCAGGCUCACGUACAUGGACAGGAAGGAGGCUCGUGUCUGUGUCAUCUGUCAUUCUGCUCUGAUGAGUGCUCAAUCGUGGGAGACGACGGCCACUGCAAGCAACCACAGUCCGAACCCCAACAACCCAGCAGAGUACUGCUCCACGGUGCCCCCUCUACAGCAGGCCCAGGCCUCUGGGGUGCUCAGCUCCCCUCCUCCUACCGUCAUGGUGCCCGUCGGAGUCCUGAAACAGCCUGGCAAUGAGGUAUCCCUGUCACGGGAGCAGAGGAGAGUGUGGUUUGCUGAUGGGGUGCUACCUAACGGAGACACAGCAGAGUCCCCCAAACCUCCGACCUCCAGCCCAGUCCCCUCCCAGUCACUGGCCGUCUCCUCGUAUUCAAACAAAUCCUCCACUUCUGAGUUCUCAGAGGCAGUCCACACACCCGUUGCCCCGGUGGGCAGCUCCCUCAGCCUGAUCCCGGAGGACGGGCUUCCUCCCAUCCUCAUCUCUACCGGAGUCAAAGGAGGUACGGGAGGCCACAUCACAGACUAUGCAGUGGAGGAGAGGCCGUCAGAGAUCGUCCUCAUGCAGCAGCUGGAGGAGGGAGGCCCAGACCCCCUGGUCUUCGUGCUCAAUGCUAACCUGCUCUCCAUGGUCAAGCUUGUCAACUAUGUAAACAGGAAGUGUUGGUACGUGACGACGAAGGGCAUGCACGCCGUCGGCCAGGCAGAGGUGGUCAUUCUGCUCCAGUGUCUACCUGAUGAGAAGACCAUCCCUAAAGACAUCUUCACUCACUUUGUGCAGCUCUACCAGGAGGCCCUCAGUGGAAACGUGCUGAGCCACCUGAGUCACUCAUUCUUCACCCAGAGCUUCCUGGGCAGUAAGGAGCAUGGCGGCUUCCUCUACAUCAGUCCCUCCUUCCAGUCACUGCAGGACCUGCUGCUGCCCAACCCGCCCUACCUCUUCGGCAUCCUGAUACAGAAGUGGGAAACGCCCUGGGCCAAGGUCUUCCCCAUCCGCCUCAUGCUGCGUCUGGGCGCAGAGUACCGAUUUUAUCCGUGUCCACUGUUCAGUGUUCGCUUCAGAAAACCCCUCUUCGGUGAGACUGGUCACACUAUCAUGAAUCUGCUCGCAGACUUCCGUAACUACCAGUACACGCUUCCGGUGGUGAAAGGUCUGGUCGUAGACAUGGAGGUGAAGAAGACGAGCAUUAAGAUCCCCAGUAAUCGAUACAAUGAGCUUAUGAAGGCCAUGAACAAGUCCAACGAACACGUGCUGGCCAUGGGGGCGUGUUUCAACGACCGGGCCGACUCGCACUUGGUGUGUGUCCAAAACGACGACGGGAACUACCAGACGCAGGCCAUCAGCAUCCAUCACCAGCCUCGCAAAGUUACUGGAGCCUGCUUCUUUGUGUUCAGUGGUGCUUUGAAAGCCUCAUCGGGCUUCUUAGCCAAGACCAGCAUUGUGGAAGAUGGUGUGAUGAUCCAGAUCACAGCAGAGACCAUGGACUCUCUACGGCAAGCCCUGAGGGACAUGAAAGACUUCACCAUCACGUGUGGUAAAGCUGACCAGGAGGAGAACCAGGAGGUGGUCCACAUCCAGUGGACGGAGGACGACCACAACUUCAACAAGGGUGUCAUCAGUCCGAUCGAUGGGAAGACUAUGGAGUCUGUUACCAGCGUCAAGAUCUUCCACGGCUCAGAGUUCAAAGCCAAUGGAAAAGUCAUCCGCUGGACCGAGGUGUUUUUCCUUCAGAGUGAAGAUCAACCCAACGGUCUGAGCGAUCCGGCCGACCACAGCCGGCUGACGGAGAACGUGGCGAGAGCUUUCUGCAUGGCGCUCUGUCCGCACCUGAAACUGCUGAAGGAGGACGGCAUGGCCAAACUGGGACUGAGGGUCACUCUGGACUCCGACCAGGUGGGUUACCUAGCAGGAAGUAACGGCCAGCCUCUGCUGCCUCAGUACCUGAGCGACCUGGACAGCGCUCUGAUCCCUGUCAUCCACAGCGGGGCGUGUCAGCUGAGCGAGGGCCCCGUUGUCAUGGAGCUUGUCUUCUACAUCCUGGAGAUCAUCUCCUAGGACUCUUUGGAGUUUCACCUCCGAAACAUCUAUUUUUAUUUUUUAAUUGGAUUAUUUAUUUAUUUUUCCCUUCUGACGUCCUCUCACAGCCUGGUUCUCCAUCAUCUCCCUUCAACCGUUUGCACUUCAAAAGAGCCUGAAAACUGUGCUGUGCCCAGGCGGGGUAGCAUUCCUCAAGUCAAACCUAUGCAUCCAACCACCGUCUGUUCUGCUCCAGAGGCCGCCUGGGGCCUGAGGACGCUCUGAGCAGGAUCAUCUUUCACAUGUCCCUUGCUUUGAACCCCAGCAGACAGGUGCUCUGAUCUCUGGUGUUCAUAUGAGGUGCUGCGAGCAGGAAAUGAACACCGGAGAUCGUACUGUCUGUCUGUCCCAGUGUGGUGUUACAGUGCCUAUAAAAAGUACGAACAGCAUCUUAUUGUUUUACAACAUGAAUCAAAGUAGAUUUGAUGUAGCUUUUUUGACACAGAAGAACUACAAAUACCCUCAGCAGCAUGUCUUGGUGAACUACAAAGUAAGCUGAAGUCAGUUAAUGUCACCUGACAAACAAAUCAUAGCUGGAACAGUGUUGUGUGGCUCGCUCCGAUCCACUUUGUUUCCCAUUUACAGACCCAGGUCUGUGUACACACACCACAUUGAUUUUCAGCGCACACACAGAAGGGACAGUUUAUGGACCCUGAGCUGAAUUUGACAAGAAGACAUGUAUUGCAUUAGAAUUGCCUUAUCCCACCUUUAAAACAUCUAAAGCAUCACUGGUUUUUAGAGAUUGCGGUAACAGCGGUGAGGACAUCAUCAGUGGUUUCAUGUGGCCAAAGAAACUACUGAAGAGUUAGCAGACGAGUUCUGCCACAUCAAGAAGCCACUGCAUCUCAGCUCCGCAACAUUAAAUGAUCCCUAUAACAGUUUAAUUGUAUUUUCUGACUCGGGAGUGAAGGGAGCUUAGCAGUUUCAUGUUGUUGCUCGGUCUGCUGCGUUUUUGAGUUUGAAAAUUGCAAAUUAGCAGUGAUAGAAGUACUCUAGAAAUCUAAAAUAAAGUAUCAGCAUCAAAAGUAAGUACUCAUUAUGCAGAAUGGCUCAAAUCAGAAAAAUCAUUAUCUUAUUUAAUUAUAAAUAUUGAUAAAUUCAUUUGUACAUUACUUCAGUGCUGCAGCUGGUAAAGGUGGAGCUUAUUAGUUACAUAUACUGCUGGGUAGCUUUCCAUUUCACCAAGGGAUCAAUCUGAAUGAGUUAUCAAGUAAAAAGUACAUUUGCCUCUGAAUUGUUGUGACAGAUAAAUAGCAUAAAAUGGAAAUACUCAAGUAAAGUGAGUGAAACAAGGAAAAGUACUUACUUUCCACCAAUACAUGUCAGUCCUACCUACAUUUAAUCAAGUACUAAACUGCUGCAACAGAAGAAUUUAGACGUCUGUCUGAAGAAACCGGCCCCAGAUCUGACCCAGCUCAAUAAUUUCCAGUGUGGAAAACUGCGGCUAACUAUGCAGCUACUAGAUACUUGACUUUAAAGGAUAGUUUUGUUUGUCAGUGUCAAAAACCAUUAAAUCGACUUUAAUUCAAUGCUGUAAAAUAUGAAUACUUUCCAUAGACACUGUACGUAGCUCCUCUGGUUCCUGAUCACCCCUCACUCCAACGUCACUGUGGCAGCCAGGGGCCCUGCAGCACUGAACUCUGAGUAAUAUCUGCAAAGGCCUCUGUGUAGCACGGAUGCUCGAAAACAAGGGAGACUCAUAUCCACCACUGAAAAGUCUGGACUCGUCCUCUGAAGUUAUUUUACAAAGUUACAAAUCAUCAGAUUGAGGAGCUGGGAGGCGCGUCUGUAUGGUGGAUUUUAUAUUUUUUAUUUUUUUUUGCACCGUGGUGCUCAGUGCCUGCAGCAGCGUUUCAUCUAGCAGAAACAUUUUGGCUUCACCUCUUAAGCUUUACUCGUCAAUCACCGGCUGCUUUACUUCAUGGACAGACACACUGACAUGUUGUACAUAUUUUUUGUAGGUGUUAACAACAAUUUCUUCAUUAUAACUCUGCAUCUGUAGCCUCCAGAGAUCCAGUUAAAGACGGCAUUACUGAAGUGACUCAUCUGACUCUGUGAAAUAAGAUUACAUGUUAACUCUGAAAGCCCUUUUUGUCCUACAGUAGACAACUGAUUAAAAAAAAAAAAGGUUCCAAUGCUUUAUUGAUAAAAAUCAGUUUUUAAUCUCAUCGAAUCAUCAUCAACGCUUGUUGUUUGUCCGGCAGUGGUUGCGGGGAGAAGCCACUCAAGUUAUUUUGGUCUUUUUAAUCAUACAAAGAGAAUAACUGUUGAAGAUGUAAAGAUAUAUGAAUAUGAACUAUUAAAUUGCAGAAGCAGUGCACUGGAUUCUAAGCCAUUUACAGGAGAGUUAAAGCGAGGGCCGGGGGUCGCCACUGUGUGCUGGAAGAUGUUUUUUCAGCAGCAGGAAGAAGAAAAAAGGUCCAGGGAUCCUGCAGAAAUGAGUGUUUUGAAUGACCUGAAGCUGAAUGUAUUUCAUCUCACAUUUCCUGCAACCUGUCGUCCUUCCAAAUCCCUGAAAUCACUAACACCCUGCUCCAGACUUUGCAGACAUGAGUAGGAACCCUGUAGGUCGCUGAUCUGUUGUCUUCAAAAGGCCUCCAACUGUUUUAGUGUACCUAUAAACAGAUCUGCUGCAGCCCCCCCCCCCCCUCUCUCUGGACUGUGCUCUCCUUCAGCAACAUGGACCUGGAAAAAAUAUAUAAGAAUGUAUUCCUCCUUUUUCUGUUAGAAUCUGCAGCGUGAUUUGUUUGUUUUGUUUCUGGCUAGACUAAUCACCAAAAACCAUCCUGUCAUGUCCACAAUGCUCUGUACAGUAAUCAUUCUGCAUUAUGGCACCCUCUUUAAUCAUGCUAAUAUAAAACCAGGAGGGGCUACACAAAAAGUACUGCUAAUACAGUACGAGAGGUUUUGUUGACUCAUUUUAUUGGAGGAAAAAAAGAAUUUCGUCAUCACAAGUGAGAAUCAGACAAUCACAUUAAAAAUCUGCAGACGAGCCGAUGCUUCGUUUAAAUUAGACCUGUAGCUGUUCUGUAUUUGUUUAUUACUCAAUUUGAAGUAUUUUAUGAGCUACUGUAGCAACGUAAUAAUAGUGAAGCUGAUUAAAAUGUUCAGUAGACACUGAAUAAGAGGUCAAAGGUCACCAGCUCCUGGGUUAUUUACUGUGAUCAUACCAGAGUUGGUGUAUCUCAAUCACUGUGUCUCCGCUGAGUGACGUUCUUCAGAUUUUUCCAACUUCCUCCUACAUUUUAUUUUGCCGUUAUCUGACAUGUGCAAUAUGUCCUGAACCCCCACCCCCCCCCUCCCCAAAAAAGGUGCAAUUUGUUUGAGGCAAGAAGUUUUUUUUGUUGUUGUAUUCAGUUGUAAGAUGUUACCAUCCAAACUAUAACACUGCAUGCAAACAGAAACAAGUGUGAAGAGGGCAAAUCGGCUUUCACAUUAAUAGUUUUUACGGUUUGUGGAUGAAACUUAAAAUAUACUCCACUCAUUUAGUUUUCAUUGGGUUUUUUUUUUUUUUUAAAUCAGUGAAAAAUGUUUGAAAAGCCAAAAACCUUGUACAUCUUUUUUUGUUUGUUUCAUUUACACUACAAAUGUCAAGAAGUGGUCUUUAUCAAAAAACUGUAGUAUAUGUAAAAUAAAAACUUAUAGAAAAUUGAAA